UAUAAUUUUCUAUUUUUUACGCAUAAUCGUCAACAACCUCUUAACUUUACCUGCAUAAUUUCAUGUGAUCCAGUGCCGCGGGUUACCUCUAGUUGUAGCACUUGUAAGUUUGCCAAAGUCUCAUGGUAGGUUUUUAACGUACAUAAGCCUUUGUAACGAGCUUUCGAUAAAAUCCGAUAUAAAUAUGACACUAAACCACGAAGACGUAAUACAAAGUAAUACUUUACCGCUAUCGGAUUAUCCAUGCUGAUUAUUAAAGCUGGCAUACAAAUUUGGAAAUUUAGAGCUUUGUGUUGAAUUUGCGUACGAUUAUAGUAAUCAAGUUUGUAUGAAAUAUAAUCUUUAUUGACCUAGCGUAUGUUGUUACUUCACUUGCCCCUGCCUGAGCUACUAUAAGAAUUAUAAUAUUUACUUCCGAUAUGGUAAAUAGUAAAUUUUCUACUAUAACAUUUCGAACCAAGAUGAAACAGAAUAACGUUUUCCUAUGUUUCGGUGGCAUUAGUACGUUGCGUAGCGCAAUAUUCUUUAUCACUAUUCACGGAUUGGUUCAUUUUCCUGUAUGCUAAUUAUAACAGAGAACGAUAAAGGCAAUUCCAGACAAAAUAGUGCGAUAUUAAUAUUUUCAAACGAUGGUAUUUGUUGUUUUCUCCAUCUUACUUCUAUUUUUAAAACGCUGGUCAUUGUUAUUUUAAUUCUAGUUUUUGUUAAACACAAUUUAUUCAACUAAAGCAUUAUGCAAGAAGAUUCUCAUCUGAUUGCCAGUUCAGCUGCUUUGAAGUUUGAAAUAUUACUUCGUAAAGAAACGUGUUUCCUUUAACAUUCUUUUCUGUUUAUCUUCUUGAAGCAGGAUGGUGUACAGAUGGAAAAAUGAUCGGUAUCACAGAACCAAGAAGAGUUGCGGCUACCUCUUUGGCCAGUCGCGUUGCCGAUGAACGUAAUUGCAUUUUGGGCACCGAAGUCGGUUAUUCUAUUCGCUUCGAUAAUUCUACAGACGAAACGACAAGAAUCAAGUACAUGACAGAAGGAAUUCUCCUUCGUGAGUUAAUGAGCGAUCCAUUACUGACAAGCUAUUCCGUCAUCGUUGUAGACGAAGUACACGAAAGGACCCUACUCACUGACAUUAUAAUGGGAUUAUUGAAGAAAAUAAUGCGGAAACGAAGAAGCUUAAAAGUUGUCGUUUGCUCGGCCACAGUCGAUGCGGAACAAUUACGAGAUUUUUUUAAUACGAGCACGACGAAAGACACCGCAGUCAUAAUGACCGUCGAGGGUCGACUUUAUCCAGUAGACAUUUUCUUUGUACGAGAGCCAGUAGCAAAUUAUGUCACCGCCGUCGUGGAUACCGUUUUGAAAAUACAUGUGAACGAAGAGCCCGGCGAUAUUUUAGCGUUUCUUACGGGUUUGGAUGAAGUCGACCAAGCGGUUUCUCUUUUAUCAGAACAUGCACAACUUAUAAAAGAAGGCAAACUGAAACUUUUACCCUUGGCUAUGUAUGGAUCUCUUCCGAAUUCAGAGCAACUUAAAGUAUUUUGGAGGGCUGCCAAAGACACUCGUAAAGUUAUCGUAGCAACAAAUAUAGCGGAGACGUCUAUCACCAUUCCAAACAUCGUUUAUGUAAUCGAUUGCGGUUUUGUUAAAAUUCCGUGGUUCGAACCAGAAACUCAGACGAAUUCUCUUGUUAUUGUUCCCGUAUCGAAAGCUUCCGCUGACCAACGUGCUGGUCGAGCUGGUCGCGUUCAACCAGGAAAAGCCUAUAGAUUGUACACAGAGGAAGCAUAUAGUGAAUUGUUUGAGGCAACGCCGCCAGAAAUGCAACGAUCCGACUUAGCACCCGCAAUCUUACAAUUAAAAGCUUUAGGCAUCGACAACGUAUUGAGAUUUAAUUUCCCUUCUGCUCCACCUAGCAAAAAUCUACUAACUGGAUUGGAAUUACUGUACGCGUUAGGUGCAAUUGACCGCAAUGGUGAAUUAACGACCCCUUUAGGCAUGGCAAUGGCAGAAAUGCCAUUGGAACCUGUUUUGGCGAAAUCUCUUAUGGUAUCAGGAGAAAUGGAAUGUUCCGAGGAAUUGUCAACUAUUCUUGCUAUGCUUCAAGUACAAAACGUUUUCAUAAGGCCAGCUGGCGGUCAAGCUGCUAUAAGGGCCAGAGUGGCGCAUAGAAAGUUCGAAGUUGAAGAAGGAGAUCUCCUAACGAUGCUCAAUGUAUAUACUGCUUACGAAAAAAAUAAAAUAUCCAGUUGGUGUCAGAAACAUUUUCUUAACUACAAAGCGUUACGACGAGCUACGGAAAUUCGAACACAAAUGCAUUAUAUGAUGAAGAGAUUAAAGAUACCAUUGGUUUCUUGUAAUGGAAAUGUACAACAAAUUUUGAAAUGCAUAACCGCUGGGCUUUUUCCAAAAGCGGCAUAUUUAAGUUAUACUGGGGUAUACCAAACUGUGCGUGGCAAUAGGGCUCUACAUAUACAUCCAAAUAGUUGUUUAUAUACACUUCAACAACCCCAAUGGCUACUUUUCUGUGAAGUUCUACAGACGAAUAAAACAUACAUGAAGGACAUAACUGUGAUACAACCAGAGUGGCUAUUAGAAUUAGCUCCUCACUUUUAUGAGAAGACUUCCCUUGAAACUAUUUAAUAUAAUUUGUAUAAAUCGCCAUAAUAAAAUGAAAAAAAAAAAAGGAAAAUUUAACCGAAUUAUGCGAAUAUUU